CAAAAACGUUUAAACAGAAACUUUUUGAAUUUUGAAAUGACCCCCAAACAUCGACAGUAUAAGCGCGCCUCCCCACAAAAAGCCUGUACCUCUCUCCGUGAUAUGUAUAUAAAUGGUUUGUUGUCAAGCACCAGAGACGUUGAGAGAGCGCAAGCGGAAAUUGGCAAACGCUCUCAGAUCCGUUGCAAAUUUCAAUUCAAAUUUCCAUCUAAUGGACCCUCUGCCUGAUGCUGUUGUUCAAUACAUAUUGUCGUACAUGGAAAACGCCAAAGACGUUGCAAUUUGUAAUUGUGUAUCCAAGCGAUGGAAGGACUCAAUGCCUUAUAUAAGGAGCCUUUAUUUCCCCAGAAGCUCCUUUGAUAGCCAUACGGGUGGAGACAGUCCUGAUGACAUUGUAUUGAAGAUGGUUUCAAUGAUUGAACGAUUAGAAAAUCUUGUUGUUUAUAGUCCCUUCUCGGGUGCUGGCCUUGCUUCUUGGUUAUUGAUCAUAGGUCCCUCUCUUAAGUAUCUGGAGCUUCGAAUGGACAAUAUUGCUGAAUAUCAGACCUCUCUUGAAAGCCCUUCAAAACUGGACUACUUAAGUGCUGCAGAAAAUUUGGAGUCUUUAAAACUUUGGGGAGUUUUAGUGGCCCGUUCCCCAAAGUGGGGUGUCUUCCAGAAACUCAAGAACCUUGAAAUUGUUGGAGCGAAACUGGAGGAUCCUGCAUUGUCAACUGUGCUUCAGGCCUGUCCGAAUCUCACCAAUUUGGUGUUACUUGGUUGUGAAGGAUUGAGAUCGGUUUCAAUUGAGUUGCCAUAUUUGGAGCAGUGUAAGCUGGACUUUUAUGGCUUGGACAACUGCUCAUUUUCCAUGGGGUGCCCAAAAAUUAAAUUCCUUGAGGUGCAAGGCUGUAGCUGGAUUCGGGUUCGUGAUACAAAGCAUUUGAAAAAUCUUUCUAUUGCCAAUAAUGCAGGGAAAGUCUACAUGGUUGAUUUUGAGAAACUUGUCGCUCUAGAGUUCUUAUCAAUUAGGGGAGUCCAGUGGUGUUGGGAUGCAAUAAGAAAUAUGCUUCAAUGUGCAAGUGAGGUGAAACACCUUUUCAUGAAGGUGGAAUUCACAGGGGAUUCUGAGAUCCUUCAACCCUUUCCAGAGGUUGACUUUGUUGAUUUCUUCAAUAACCAUCCCAAGCUGCAAAAGUUUGAUAUCCAUGGAGCCAUGUUUGCCGCCCUUUGUCAGAAAAACAGCCUGAAAAAUGUUGAUUCAGGAUUUUCAAUUCCUUGCCUGGAAGAAGUGAUGAUCACAGUGAGAUCACCGCUGAAUGCUGAACAGAAAAUGAGCACUCUUGAGUCCUUGUUAAAGUACGGGAAGAAUCUGAAGACAAUGGUGAUAAAGAUUCUUCAGAUGAAGAGCAGUCAUAGCAGUGCAGAUGAUUUCUUCGACGAGAUUUGCAGGUUUAGACACAUGAACCGAAAGAUCGUUAGAAUAGAAUAACAGCUUCCUUUGGGAACUUACUCAAUUUUCCUUCUUAAUUCAUACCAUUGCUUUAAUUCUCCGAUUGAUUACAGCAUGACUGCUAAUUUGGUUGAACCGUGAUCGUCAUUGAUUGAAAUGGAUUCAAAUUUCAAAAUUCAGAUUAAACUCAUUAA